AUGGAGAGUUUCUUGGUGAAUUUCUCCCAGAAAAAUGGUGAGGGGCGCCAAAGCCCAGAAGGGUCACCCUGCGUGGAGUUCAGGGCCACGGGUGGCAGGCCCAGAACUCGGAGCAGCACCUUGGGAGCAGGAGAUCCUCGGGAGCAGAAUCUGGGAGAUUGUAUCAGUCACCACUCGAACCGACAGCAGCACCCUGCCCCAAAACUUCUGGAAACAACAAAUGUAGUUAGGGUAGAAAAGCAGGACGAGCAGAAUCUGAAGGAGAAAUUGGCCAUUUCUCCAGGGAAACACUUUCUUUUGGAACACAGUGGUUUCCUGGAUGAUCUAAGGAAAGAGAAUCCAAAGAUGGAGAUUCAUUACAAUGCUGCCACUCAGCACCUAUGCUUUAAGGGAUCCCGUGCAGAUCCGUAUAAAGUAAAGUGUGACAUCCAGAAAAAAAUGUAUUCCAUGGCUCAGAAAGACGUCCCGAUUCCUUCUGAAGUCUUCAUGUUUCUGCAGCAAAUAGACAGUCAGGAAUUCUCCAAGACUCUUUUUGAAGCACAGAAAAUUCUUGCCACAUAUGAACUGAAUGGUACAGCUCUUCUCUUGAUGGCCUGUUCUUUCAGAGCACUGGCAGAAGCAGAGAAGAAAAUGCUUGAUGCCUUGAGUUAUAAAAUCAUUGAAGUUGAAGACAAGGAAGUUUUUAGAGGCAAUGCUUGGAAAAAGAAAAUUCACCCUCUACAAAAGAGACACUCUUCCACUGCAAGCAUCAUGAUAAAGGAUGAAUUAACUUCAGAAACCCCAGCGGAGGUCAUCAUUGCAGGCUGUGUGAAAGAAGUAAAUGAAGUCUAUAGUCAGCUUUCUGAGUUCUUAGAAAACACCAUGAAUAUUGAAAGACUGGUAGAAAUUGAACCAUUCUUGAUUAUUGAGUAUUUGAGGGCAGACAAGAAGUUAUUCUGGCCAAACAUAAGGGAGGCAAAUGUGCAGGCAAGUUUUAUUCUGGAAGAUGAACCAAAAGGCAUUUUACUAACUGGACCCAAGAGUAAAGUUCUAGAGUGCCAGGACAUGGUCAAGCAAAUCUGGGAUUCAGUCUGCAUUAAUAGGUUCCAGAUUGAUAAGCCUGGUGCUAGGCAUUUCUUCCAGGACAAAGCAUCCUAUUACAAAAGUGAGAUCAACCGCCUGUAUGGAUGCGUCAUUGAGCUCCAGGAGGGAACAGAGAAGGACAAAGGCAGCCUUAAAGGGCAGAAGUGCCUCUUACAGAAGGACAUAGCCCCUGGAGUCACGCUGAUUGUACAGCAGGGAGAUCUGGCUCGGUUUCCUGCUGAUGUGGUCGUGAAUGCAGCAAACGAGCAUCUGAAACACAUUGAUGGUCUGGCCCUCGCUCUUUCAAAUGCAGCUGGCCCUGAACUUCAAGCAGAAUGUGACAAAAUAGUGAGAAAUGGUGGCCUGGUCCUAACUGGCAAUGCCGUUAUCUCAAAACCAGGCAAACUCCCUUGCCAUCAUGUCAUCCACGCAGUAGGGCCUCGGUGGGACGGAAAUAAGGCCCAGGAGUGCGUGAGCCUGUUGAAGAGAGCUGUGGAACGAAGUCUCACCUUAGCUGAGGAGGUCAAGUGUCAAUCCAUAGCCAUGCCAGCUAUCAGCUCUGGAAAUUUUGACUUUCCCUUAGACCAGUGUGUGGCCACCAUUGUUUCUGCCAUCAAAGACAACUUCCAACGCCAGCCAGACAGGCGCACCUUGAAAAAGAUUUAUCUGGUGGACAUAUCUGCAAAGGUUGCAGGGGCCUUUGCUGAAGCUGUAGAAACUACAUAUAAAGCUGCCCCCUCCCCAACAGCUUUCCAGUCCAGUUUAAGAGUGUUAGAAUUAGUGCCACCUGGGAAAACGCCACAGAAACCGCAGACACUGGACUAUGUGCUGGUGUCCCCAGAAGGCCUGAAAAUCCGGCUAGUGGAAGAAGGUGUGCAGAAUGCUAAGACCCAUGUCAUCAUCAACUCCAUUCACACGGAUCUUUCACUCAACAAAGGACACAUUUCUAAGGCCUUACUAGAAAAGGCCGGGCCAAAACUCCAGAAGGAACUGAAUGAAGAAGGACAAGGGGUCUCUGUCAAGGCAGGCACAAUUCUACAAACCAGUGGCUGUAACCUGAACUGCCACCACGUAUUUCAUGUGGUCGCUCCACAGUGGAAACUCAACGACACUGCAUGGUCACUGAAGAUCAUGACAAACAUCAUCAGAGACUGUCUAGGAACCGCCGAGGCACUGUCUCUACAAUCAAUUGGAUUUCCAGCAAUAGGAACAGGAAAUCUGGGGUUUCCUAAACCCGAAUUUGCUAAAUUAAUAAUUUCAGAAGUGCUCAAAUUUAGUAGCAAGAAUCAACUGAAAACUUUACAGGAAGUUCAGUUUCUGCUGCACCCGAAAGACGAAGAAAACAUUCAGGCAUUUUCAGAUGAAUUUGACAAAAGGACUCAUGGAAAUCCAAGUGACACCCAAGGGUUUUAUGGGAGUCUCUCCAGCCCUACGUUAGGAGUGCAUGAAAUGAAUAUUGGCCCAAUCCUCUUCCAAGUGGCCACGGGGGACAUCACCAAAGAAGUGGCAGAUGUGAUUGUCAAUUCAACAUCAAACACAUUUACGCUCAAAUCAGGAGUCUCCAAAGCAAUUUUGGAGAGUGCAGGACCAAGUGUGGAGAAGGAAUGUUCUGUCUUGGCUCAACAGAACAGGGAGUAUAUAGUUACUGAAGGUGGAUCACUGAGAUGCAAGAGUAUUAUUCACGUUCAUGGUGGGAAUGACGUGAAGAGAUCAGUUUCCUGUGUUUUGGAAGAAUGUGAACAAAGGAACUACUCGUCCAUCUGCCUACCAGCCAUUGGUGCAGGAAGUGCUCAGCAGGAUGCAUAUUUAGUUGUUAAAUCCAUAAUGGAUGCCAUUGAAGAAUUUAUCCAGAAAACAUCAGUGCAGGCUGUGAAGAAAGUCAAAGUUGUUGUCUUCCAUCCUCUUAUUCUGGAAAUUUUUUAUAAGACUAUGAAAGACAGAGAAGGCUCCCAGGCUCCUCCCCAGCCGUCUCUACUGUCUAAGACUACCUCCUUUUUUGAGUUUCCAAAGCACACUCCACACAAACAGAAGACCCUGUUUUGGGAUAAGAAAAUAGAGCAGACAGUUUUCCAGGUAUGUGGCAUAGAUGAAGACAGUGUGGAACACACGAUCUCCUGGAUACAGAAUCUGAUCGCCCAGGAGCAGCUACCCUAUCGCAGUGAUGAUGAGUGUGUCAGAGACUUUGGUGAGAAGGAGUACAAGAAGCUGAAUGAGCUGCAGGAGAGGCUGAAUAUCGUCAUUGAGCUGGACCAGAAUGCGCCUUUGAUUGAAGUUUCAGGAAUUAGCAGAGAUGUGAUAGAAGCCAGAGAUGAGAUUGAAAACCUGAUCAAGAGCUUCCGAUUGGCUAAAGAGAAGGAAAGCCAGGCAGACUAUGUCCUCACAUUCGUGGAAUGGCAAUAUAUUGACAACAACGUCCUACACUGUUUCGACAAAAUAACUAACAUGCAGUUGGAGAAAGCACGGCAGGCAAAGCACAAGAGCACUGUUGUCAAAAUUAAUAAUCAGGACUUCACAGUGAACUUGAGGACGAACACGGCCACAGGCCCUCAAGGACAGAGUGUCACAGUUCAGCGCAUCUUAAAAGAUGAAGCUGAAAUCCCUUCAAAUUGGAGUGACAUGGGGCAGAAGAAAUUGUUUGUGGUCAGUCUGCAAACCAGUGAUCCUGAGUAUAUCACGGUGGCAAGCAAGUUCCACCAGACCUGCCAAAAGUUUGUCAUAGAGAACAUCGAAAGGAUCCAAAAUCCAGCUCUCUGGAAGAAGUACCAGUCAAACAAAAAAAUCAUGGAUGAAAAGAAUGGCCAUGGAAGAAAUGAGAAACAGCUCUUCCAUGGGACGGAGGCUAGCUCUAUUCUACACCUCAACAGCCAUGGAUUUAACCGCAGCUAUGCUGGGAAGAACGCCAUGUAUUAUGGGAAAGGAACCUAUUUUGCUGUCGAUGCUUCCUAUUCAGCUCAUGAUAAAUAUUCCAGACCAGAUGCAAAUGGGAAGAAGUAUAUGUAUUACGUGCGGGUUCUCACUGGAAACUACACAAAGGGAAACCCGUCAUUGAUUGUGCCUCCUCCAAGGGACCCUCAAAAUCCUACUGACUUGUACGACACUGUCACAGAUGAUGAUAAAAGCCCAAGUUUGUUUGUAGUGUUCUAUGACAAUCACGCAUACCCAGAAUAUCUCAUCACCUUUAGGUUGUGACACUUCAGGGCAUCUUCAUGCAUCUGCUGCAAGACAAAUUUUAACUGUCUUCCUCCUUAUGCUGUCUCUAAGAGCACAAGAUCUUUCUUUGCCUUGGAUGUUUCCUGAGCUGCUCCUCCAUGGUGGAAAUGAAUCUACUUGAGAGCCAAUCUAAUUGAGAAUUUAA